UUUACAAGUAGAUUUUCCAUCAUCAACGAUAGUUGCGCGUUCGCAAAGGGCCGAUAGCGAACAAGAAGAAGAACGUCAAAGUGCUGUCAACGCUUUACACCAAUAUUCUAUUUUAGCCAUGCAUGUCAUCGCUAAUGAAGAGACUGCGGAUGUUGCGAUAUUUAACAGAUGGUAA